AUGAGACGGUUUAUACGAGCUCGUGAGAAAAAUAUUGGAUUUUGGAGGCCAACGGCCUUGAACUGCCAGGUCAUCUGGCGGUGUUGCUACUGUCUACUUCAACGUAAUUCCAUAAGAAACUACAACAAAAUGGGUAAAAAGAAAGGUUAUGGGAAAAGGAGUAGUAGUAGUAGUAGCAGCAGCAGUUCCAGCAGUAGCUCUGGUGGCAGGCACAGGCCUGAACGAAUUGAGAAGCGACGCUUGAGGUACAGAAAGAAAAUGAUGAAAAAAAACCGUUGUAUUUGCGGAUAUUGCCCUCAUGGUGUUCUAGCCUGCGACCAAAACUUUAUGCAAAGAUAUCAGCAUGGGAUGACAGGAGGAUAUGGACCAGGUGGACAGAAUAUUGGAGGUGGUUAUCAAAAACACAACCCACUUUACCCCAAUCCCAUGACACCACAAUAUCCACCUGCACAGCCUUUCAACCCCAUGCAACAAGCUUCAAUGAUGCCACAACAACCCGCAGUCUGUCCUAAUCCUGGCAUGUUUCCACAAACAAAUUCGUUCUCUCAACCCGGAGGCUCUCACCAAGCAGGUUAUUUUCCGCAGCCAGGAAUGCCACAGCAAAACUAUGGUCCAGUACGCACAUAUCUGCUAUAA